GAGAAGGAGAAUGAGAUGGAGUCUGCAGUGCUAUACUAGCAGUCUGUGUCAAUCAAACAUACUUCGUCUACAUUAAACAAUAUGGAUGUGCGUAAAGAAAAGGAAGGAAGGAGAAGAUACAGGUCGGCAAUGUACAAAAUAGACCGAAGUUUAGGCAACCCCAGAAAGGAGGGUGAGCGUCAUGCGCGUGCCUGUCGUUAUCAGAGCCGGACGACCGAGGGAAAGAGCUUCUUACUGCUCUUUUUCUCCAAUCUGCUUGUGAUAGACUGCAACCUUGUGAAGUGAAUCAUCCAUCAUCAACAGUUCAUCCACCGAGACUACACAUCUCAAAAGCUGGAAGUUAGCGGAAUAGAAUCAUUCCUUCAAUACACAAUGGUUGCCGACGCACUCAUCUACCACCCCGCGGUUGCGCACUACAACAAGUUUGUCGCGACGACGAUGGGUCGUGACAAGGCCCUUCGUCUCGUCCAAUAUCUCUCGCGUUUCCUCGCCUGGUACACUCUCCGCACCAACAGCCCCCAAAGCACAGUCGUGCAAUGGGGAAAGCUCAAGGCAAACCUCGGUCUCGUGCGCAAAGCCAUGAGAAUCGGGAAAUUCGUCGAGCACUUCCGCGCCGCUGCAAAUGCAUACGAUGCCAAAACCCUGGAUCCUGUCAUCCGCUUCUGCACCACUGGUCGCCAACUCGGAUAUGGAGCUUACAUGCUCACUGACACCUUGACAUAUCUGGAUGCUUCGGGUGUGAGACCUAGUUUGACGGCCAAGAAGAUGCAGGUGCAGGCUUACAAGGCUUGGAUGACGGGUUUGUGCUUUAGUGUCGCGAAUGGUGUCUACACCAUCUACAAGAGCAAGAAUGAGGAGUUGGCUCACACGGACAAGGCUGUGGCUGCUGAGAAGACUGUCGAGGUUAAGAAGUUGCAGCGCGAGAGAAGCGCUGCUCAGACACAACUCGUUUCAGACCUCUGCGACCUGUUCAUCCCCCUUUCUGCUCUUGGAUACCUCAACGUCGACGAUGGCGUUGUUGGUCUGGCCGGUGCAGUCAGUUCCUUGAUUGGUCUGAUGGCCCAAUGGAACAAGACUGCUUAGAUGUCUUGCUGUUCAAACCAGGGUCAUGCCCUCGACAUCACAGAACGGACCCGAAGAGAUGAGAGGGACUUGAGCUCAUGGCAGGAUAGGCUUGCGACUGUGAUUCCUAGCAGAGAAGACAAUGAUGCAGAAGCAGAGGGUAGUUGACACGUAGUGGAAGAA